AUCAUAUUUAAUGCUUUAUUUGAUACUUAAAAGACAAUUUAUAAAUGGUUGUAGACUAGGUGAUAAUCUUGCUUAAAUAACAGCCCUCAGUCAGAAACGCCGAUGUCGCAGCACUCCUUGAGCUUUAAGGACCUGACGGGCCACCGUCGGCGUAGUAAACAUGGCGGACAGCGAUACGGAGGAUUUCGUGACUUAUGGAACCCCUUUAGACCCAAUCGAAGAAGAUGAGCCACUUAAAAAGCCAGUACCUCUCCAUGAUCAGACAGUCAAAGAUGAAAAGGGGCGAUUCAAGAGAUUCCAUGGCGCUUUCACUGGGGGAUUUUCAGCAGGUUAUUUUAAUACUGUGGGAUCCAAAGAAGGAUGGGCACCCUCAACAUUUGUAUCAUCUCGACAACAAAAAGCCGGGAAAGUUAAUUCCAGGCCAGAGGAUUUCAUGGAUGAUGAGGACUUUAGUGAGCAUGGAAUAGCACCCAGAGAAAUCACCACUACUGAAGACUUUACCUCAGGCCGUCAGGACACAAUUAGGGACAAGGCCCGAGCUCUGAACUCUCUGGUUGCUCCCAUUCCUGGAGACACUGUCUUGGAAGAUCUCAUUGCACCAGCCAGGACAUCAGUGGGUGUCGAGAUGCUGAAGAAAAUGGGCUGGAAGGAGGGGCAAGGCAUCGGACCGCGAGCAAAGCGGAAACCUCGAAAGCAGAACGUCGCAGAGGCCGGGACACGGAUUUACUCCUGUGCUCUUCCACCGAACGGUUCAGAGGAAUCAGAGGAAGAGGAGGAUGAGUACACUCCUGAAAAUGUGACCUUUGCCCCGAAAGAUGUCAUGCCCAUUGACUUCACGCCUAAAGACGACCCCCAUGGCCUGGGCUAUCGGGGCCUCGACCCCCAUCAAGCCCUGACAGGCUUACCAGGAAUGGGGCACAUUGACCUCUUCACCUUGGACUCUGACCGGACCAGUAACCUCCUGGGAACCGGUGGGCCGAAGCACCGGCGGAAGGGAGGCAUAUCAGGAGAGGCGUUUGGAGUGGGGGCGCUGGAAGAUGCCGACGCUGACAUCUAUGACAGAGACGCACUUUCCAAUUACGACUCGGUUCUGGGGGGAGAGGAGCCGGGCGACGGGCUCUUUGGCUGGACGGCUCCAGCGCAGUACAACAAGAAGACGAAAGGAUCUAGCAGGGAUGCGUCAUACCUGGGCAAAAUCCUGGAGGGCUUUACGUUGGCUUCCCAGGCCUCUGAGAUUAAGACAAUAUUUCCUCCUCCAGAGCUUCCCCGGAACUACAGGCCAGUGCACUAUUUUCGCCCAGUGGUGGAUCUGGCCAGCACCAGCCCGAUGGUAGCCCAGGUUCUCAUGGAGUCAAAGGGCCACAUGCCCCAGCAGACCCAGGAGAAAGGGCGGCACCAGCUGGAUGCCUCACAGAGGAGAGACCUGCUGGGGGAGUCCUCUCUGACAGGUCCAGCCUCAGUGUUUGACCUGCUGGAUAAUAAGGACAAGGAGCGACUGGAAGGCAUCCGGCGGCUGGCUGGGGUCGGCGCAUCGGGGGCCAUGACAGAGGAGCGCCGGGCGGCCGUUGUGGCAGCUGGGGUGGCCGCCGCCGCCGCCAAGGCGUCCCAGAGCGCCCUCUCCAGCCUCCCCCAGACGCCCGGCUCCGAGGAGGUGCUCAGUGCCUGGCGUAGCCCCACGGCCGACACCUCCUGCUCCUUCAGACCCUUCGAGAAGAAUCCGCCGAAGCAGGCGCGCUACGACCAAUACAUCAGCAAGCUGAAACAGGGUCACAAAGAUGCCUUGGAGUCCAGCCUGGACGGCAGCAUGACGGAAUGGGAGCGAGGCCGUGAGAGGGACGAGUUCGUGAGGGCCGCCAUGCUCUACAAGCCCAGCAGCUCCAGCCUGUCCUCCAGGUUCACCAGGGCCAAGCACGAGGACAACGAGGACAUGGUGGAGGUGGCCCAGGAGCAGGAGGGCGAUGUGAAUGACAAGCAGUCAGCGGUCAAAAUGAAAAUGUUCGGAAAGCUGACAAGGGACACCUUUGAGUGGCAUCCCGACAAGCUACUCUGCAAGAGAUUCAACAUUCCUGACCCCUACCCGGGGUCUGGCUUAGUGGGAUUACCCAAGGUCAAGAAGGACAAGUAUUCUGUGUUCAACUUCCUGACCCUGACAGACAGCAGACCGGAGUCCGGGGGGCCAAUGGGGGCCCAGAGUCAGCCUGACUCGUCACCUUUAGCCGGCCCACCAAAGAGGGCGGAGCCAGGAAAGAAGUCCAGGUGGGACAUGUCGGAACGUGCGGGCCAGCCGAAGGACGCCCUCAGCGAGUUCCUCAGCGAGGCACGCAGUGAGGCUUCCACAUCACAGCAGCCCGCCAGCAGCCAGCCAGCCCCCGCCCCCUCCCUGACCCCAGAGCCCCCAGCACUGUCCCAGUUGCCACCGGAAACACAGCAGCUCCAAGAGGAGGAAGAGGAGAGCAGGCCUCCCAUGGACCUCUUCAAAGCCAUUUUCGCCAGCUCAUCAGAUGAGAAGUCUUCAUCAUCGUCAGAAGACAACAGUGAGGAAGAGGAUGAUGAAGAUGGCCACCGGCAGAUGGAGCUUCAGCCACCUGGGCCACUCAACACUGGAAUGGACCCAUCAGCACUACCAGUCCCAAGUUCAGCUGCUCCAGGUGCUGCUCCAGGUGCUGCUCCAGGUGCUGCUCCAGGUGCUGCUCCAGGUGCUGCUCCAGGUGCUGCUCCAGGCGCUGCUCCAGGUGCUGCUCCAGGCGCUGCUCCAGGUGCUGCCCCAGAAGCAAAACCUCCCCCAGAACAGCCCAAGCUGCCCGCUGCCCCUUCUAAGGAACAGAGACAGGAAGAGGAAGAGUUUGGGCCAAAGCUGCCGCCCCCAACAUCUUCAUGGCCGCAGCUCCCAGCAUCAUCAUCUGUGCCCCAGGGCGACGCCCACAAGAAGAAAUGCAAGGAGAAGCAUAAAAGCAAGAAGGAGGCCAAGAAGAAGCACAAGAAGAAGCACAAGAAGCACAAGGGCAAGAAGGAGAAGAAGAAGGAGAAGAAGAAGAAGCCGAUCCCCGAGGAGUCUGACAGCACCUCCGAUGGCUCUGCGGACAGUGACAGUGACGCAGAUGACCUCCCUGGAAGCAUCUCCACAGAACAGCUGUUGACAAGGCUGAAGAGUCUCCGUGGGAAAAAAUAUGAGUGACCCUGCAGUAAGCGUCCAAAGAGAGCCCGUGUCCUCUAUGAGGACAGUGACCCGCGCUGGUUGCUAUGGCACACUGUGCUAAAUGUAGCGUCUGGAUCACCCCCGAUGCGGCCUGCUUUGAGAGCGGCCUGCUUUGAGAGCGGCCUGCUUCCUGUAUGUGGGGGAGCUGCGCUGCUGGCUGACUUUGCCAGCCUAUUAAAGGGCCGCUGACCCUUCUGGAAGAUUUUUUUGGUUGGUUGAUUUAUUUGAUUUAAAUGUGAUUGCAAACUGGCAUCUGAAGAAACAAAACUUUUAUUAAAUAAAAUACUCCUUGUAUUUUGAAAAUA